CCGUCGAUCGCGCUGGUGUCUGGGAAGGAGAGAAAAUGGCGGCCGAGCCGAGCAAGACAGAGAUCCAGACCCUUUUUAAGAGGCUUCGCGCAAUUCCGACCAACAAGGCCUGCUUUGACUGUGGUGCCAAGAAUCCGAGCUGGGCCAGCAUCACGUACGGUGUGUUCUUGUGCAUUGACUGUUCCGGGGUGCAUCGCUCCCUGGGCGUCCAUCUCAGCUUCAUCAGGUCCACAGAGUUGGAUUCCAACUGGAACUGGUUCCAGCUGAGGUGUAUGCAGGUCGGCGGGAAUGCCAAUGCGACAGCCUUCUUCCGCCAACAUGGAUGCAUAGCCAGUGAUGCCAACACCAAAUAUAAUAGCCGAGCUGCCCAGAUGUACCGGGAAAAGAUCCGGCAGCUGGGGAGUGCGGCCCUGGCUCGGCAUGGCACUGAUCUUUGGAUAGACAAUAUGAGUAGUGCUCCCAGUCACUCCCCAGAGAAGAAGGACUCUGAUUUCUUCUCGGAACACACUCAACCCCCUGCCUGGAAUGCACCAGCCACGGACCCAUCAGAGACCCAGCAGCCAACCCCAUCUGCAGAGAGCAGUGGCCUGGCACAGCCGGAGCACGGCCCCAACAUGGAGCUGCUUGGCACCUCACCCAAAGCUUCUCUGGAACUGAAAACCUCCCUCAUUGGCAAGAAGAAGCCAGCAGCAGCUAAGAAAGGGCUGGGUGCCAAGAAAGGCCUAGGGGCCCAGAAGGUGAGCAGCCAGAGUUUCAGUGAGAUUGAGCGGCAGGCCCAGGUGGCAGAGAAGCUCCGUGAGCAGCAGGCGGCUGAUGCCAAGAAGCAGGCCGAGGAGUCCAUGGUUGCCUCCAUGCGUCUGGCCUACCAGGAGCUUCAGAUUGACCGUAAGAAGGAGGAGAAGAAGCUACAGAAUCUGGAAGGGAAGAAGCGAGAGCAGGCAGAGAGGUUGGGCAUGGGACUCGUGUCCCGAAGUUCCGUCUCCCACUCGGUGCUGUCUGAGAUGCAGGUGAUCGAGCAAGAAACCCCAGUGAGUGCAAAAUCCUCCCGCUCACAGCUGGACUUGUUUGACGAUGUUGGUACUUUCGCCUCUGGACCCCCAAAGUACAAGGACAACCCCUUUUCCUUGGGGGAGAGUUUUGGUUCCCGCUGGGAUACAGAUGCUGCCUGGGGUAUGGACAGGAUGGAGGAGAAGGAGCCAGAAGUGACUGUCUCAAGCAUCCGGCCCAUUUCAGAAAGAGUCACAAACCGGAGGGAAGUGGAAAGCCGGAGCUCAGGCCUUGAGUCGAGUGAAGCACGACAGAAAUUUGCAGGCGCCAAAGCCAUCUCAUCUGACAUGUUCUUUGGGCGGGAGGUGGAUACUGAGCAUGAAGCCAGGUCCCGGCUACAGCGGCUCUCAGGCAGCAGUGCCAUCAGCUCUUCGGACCUCUUUGGGGACAUGGAUGGCGCUCACGGAGCAGGUAGUGUGUCUCUGGGGAACGUGCUGCCCACAGCUGACAUUGCUCAGUUUAAGCAGGGUGUCAAGUCUGUGGCCGGGAAGAUGGCCGUGCUGGCCAAUGGUGUGAUGAAUUCUUUGCAGGAUCGCUAUGGUUCCUACUGAUCCAGGCUCCAUGGCUCAGACAUAUGGUGGUGACAGCAGCAAAAACCUCAUGAUUCCUAGGCCUGGGAUGCUUGCCUUGUGGAAGCUGGGGAGGAAUUGUUAUUUUAUACCUGUGGUGUGUGAGUGGGUGGCCUUUGAGGAUCUCGGGUGAGGGAUGGGCAGUAUCAGCCCCAGACCUCUGCCUGGAGAUUGAGCCCUGUAUUCUCUUCUUCUCACACUCCCACCCCUGUGUGCUAGGUUAUUGUUAAUCCAGUCCUGCCCCUAAAGCUGCGGCUCAUUUGUCCUGCCACACUGGGAGUGAGGGGAGGGAGUUCCCUCAGGAUGGCUUAUCCUGGGUCCAGGCCUUCCCCGAGUAGGGAAGGUAAAAAGUAUAAGGCUUUUUGGCUGGCUCUAGGAUCCUUCCAGCUUGUCUGGGGGUUUGGCCCCUGUCCUCUGGAACCAGCAGGGAGGUCUAGAGAGUUCUGCUGUAGAUCGGCCCCCAGGGGAGGGAGGCUCUGGACGUGGCUGCUGCUGUUGCUGCUCCAGUGGUCUCUUCCGGGCACCAGGAGAGGGCAGGGGAGGGGAAGGACCUUCGUCUGGGCCUUACUGAGGGCUAGAGACUUUACCUGGUACCGAAAGGUUUCAUUUGGGAUCAGACUGGAGGCCCGAGUGAUCUUCUCCUGUCUCACUGCCCCUUUUUACAGUGAUCACUUGGAGGAUUACUUCUCCUCCUGGGUGUCUUGGAGUCCUCCCAUACCAUCCAUUGUGGACCACAGGACCCUCUGUCCCCUCCUGAGACUCUGUCCCUUCUUCUCUUGCUUGGUGGCCAUGGUGGGUCUCAUCUGCCCUGUGCUCUGCUCUGGAUGCUGUGAGUGUAAAGCUGGCAAAGAAAGCAGAGGACGUGAGGGACAGAAGGCAGGCUCCUGGGGCUCAGCUUUCUUCCUCCGCAUCAUCUGGGUCUUGGGGCCUGGACAGCACCCCACCACUGAGAGCUUGAGGCGCCUACAGAGCUGCAGGUCUCACCCCUCUGGGCCACACACUGUCAUCCUUGGUGCCGUCGUCCCCUGCCGUGCCGGCAGCCUGGGCCCGCCCCACCCCGUGGUUGAGGGUUGAGGUCCCAAGCAACACAGACCACUGUUCCCACCACCCCCUCACCCAAAGGGAUGUGACUUUCUUUCUGGACUGUUUGUAUGGAAACUAAGUGGUGUCAAAUAAAGCCCCGACGGGGCCCUAGGCCUCUGUUGGUCUGAGUGAA